AAGGACGCGAGAAGGGUGCGGAAAAAGCGGAGAGAGAGAGAGAGAGAAAAAAAAACCUGUCUCGUCGUCUCGAACCUUCUCGCCUCCCUCCCUCCCUAACCCUCUUCGUCUUCGCCGCCGCCGCCGCCGCCUCCGCCUCCGCCGUCGUCUCCCCCCGCCUCUGUCUACCUCCUCGGCGGCCGAUCCUCCUCCCCCGCGCCCGCCUCGCGCCCGCUGAGAUGGACGACAGCUGCGCAGUGUGCGCCGACGCGCUGGAGUGGGUGGCCUACGGGGCCUGCGGGCAUCGCGAGGUGUGCUCGACAUGCGUCGUCCGCCUCCGCUUCGUCAUGGGCGACAGGCGCUGCUGCAUCUGCAAGACCGACUGCGCCUUCGUCUUCGUCACCAAGGCUAUGGGCGACUACACAAGAGUGAUAAAUGAUUUCUCUGUUUUCCCUCCUGGGCCAAUUGAGGGAAAGGUGGGGGAGUACUGGUACCAUGAGGAUAGUCAGGCAUUUUUUGACGAUGCUGACCACUACAAGAUGAUAAGAGCAAUGUGCCGGCUUUCUUGUAGUGUAUGUGACAAAGCUGAAGACCCAGCUGGUCAGGCAGCACAAGCAAGGCGCAAAAGCAGGUUCAAGAGCAUUGAACAGCUGAAGGGUCAUUUGUUCCAUCAACAUAGGUUAUAUAUGUGCAGUCUUUGCUUGGAGGGGAGGAAGGUGUUCAUUUGUGAACAGAAGCUUUAUACAAGGGCACAGUUAAAUCAGCAUGUAAAAACUGGCGACUCUGAGGUGGAUGGCUCUGAGGUUGAGCGCAGUGGUUUUGCAGGGCAUCCAAUGUGCGAGUUUUGCAGAAGCUCAUUUUAUGGGGAUAACGAGCUUUACACACAUAUGUCUCGAGAUCACUAUUCAUGUCACAUAUGUCAAAGACAACAUCCUGGGCAGUAUGAUUAUUUCCAGAAUUAUGAUGACUUGGAGUUGCAUUUCCGUAAAGAUCAUUUCCUCUGUGAAGAUGAAGCAUGUUUGGCCAAGAAGUUUGUAGUCUUCCAGAGUGAAGCAGAGCUCAAGAGACAUAAUGCUAUGGAGCAUGGUGGGCGGAUGUCUCGUGCUCAGAGGAAUGCUGCACUUCAGAUACCAACCAGCUUUAUAUAUCGAAGAAACGAGCAAGAUGAAAGGCGUGGUAGAGGUAGGGGGCGCAAUUCUCACCGUAAUGGAUCUGACAGGGAUAUACCCCCUGUGCAAAAUGGCAGUGCAAUUACAGGCAACGGUCUUCCAAAUCGAGUUGAUAAUAUUAUAGGGUCUGUAAGCGUCAGUUCUAGUUCUGGGCGAGGAGAAACUGGACAGAGCUCAGACAAUGGACGUGUAUUUGAGCACUUGUCCUUUCCUCCUCUUCAAGACCAGGAUACGCCUGAUGCAAGGAUGGAUUCUGCUCCUGAUGAAACCUCAUUCCCUUCCCUCUCAGAGCAGCCAUCCAGAUAUGCACACAUCCUUAGUCAGAGUUCCCUUUCUGCCAAGCUUGGGGAUGAGUCAUUAUUCCCUCCAUUACCGGGAUCAAGUAGCAACAGGGGUUCUGCUUCAACUCAACAGGGGCUACAAAGUCUAGCGAAGAACACGCUUGCAUCAAGGCUUCAGCAGCGUAGCAAGGGCAAUGUGAAAGUAUUGCAUUCUGCCCGGCCUCGCCCAUCAGAAAAUCCUGAAUUAGUCCCUCCUGUUUCUAGCUCUGCGCAGAUGUGGCCUACACCUGAUCAGGGGCUGCUUCAUUCUAGUUCUUCUCAGCUUCGAAUUGGAAGAGAAAAUGGUAUUAUGCCAUCUGCCUCUAACUCAGUAUGGAAUCCUGGAAGUGGAGCUUCAAACAGGAUGAAGCACUCUGUUUCUACUCCUAAUCUUGUGUCUGGUGGGUCUUCUGUUCAGGCAUCAUCAAGUACAUCUAAUGGUGGCAAUAAAAAUCAACAGACGCCGCAAAGCAGCCAAACAUUGCCUGCAGAUGAUGUGCGUGCUGCCAAUAAGACCCUGGUUGAAAGAAUGCGCAGUGCUUUAGGCAUGGAUGAAGAUAGGUACACUGCAUUUAAAGAAAUCGCUGGUGAAUAUCGUCAAGGCAUCAUUGGUACUUUAGAGUAUCUUUCAUAUGUUGAGCAAUUUGGUCUGUCACACCUUGUGCCUGAGAUGGCUAGGCUGUUACCUGAUCCUCAGAAGCAGAAGGAACUUGCUGAUGCCUAUUACACCAAUAUGCGAUUCAAAAGCAGCCUCCAAGAGAACUGUGAUGGUUUAACCGUUAGCUCAAAAGAGGGUAACCGCAAGAAAAAGGGCAAGGGAAAAGCUCAUGAUGUUACAGAAAAUAAUGCUGCUCCUGCUAAGGAUGUGAAGGAUUUGCUAGCAGAUAGCUUUCUGGACACUGUAAGGAAGCUUCAGGUAAACAAUAAGACUCAGGAAGGAGUGGCUGAGGUUCUGUCAAGGGAUGGGUAUCGAUCUUCCAAGGGAAAGGCUCAACUAAUGACUGGAGGUACAUCAUCUGAUAUAGAUGUGAGUCUAGACAAUGAUCCUGGUGCCAUUUCAAAGGCUUCUGGUGCCAAAGAUGAUGUAGGCAAGGGAGGAGGUAGCAGCAGUAACAAUAAUAAACAAUCAAAGAAGACAUCAAAGUUUCUCAGAGCCCGAUUAGGGGACAACUCCUUAGCUACACUUGAUUUGAGUCGUCCUACGACGAGCCCUGAACGACCGGAAAGGGAACAGCAAGGCCCACAGAUGGGGUUGCCUAUGCGAGGUGUUUGGAAAAAUGGAGGGGGCCAGAAGCUUUUUUCAAGCAAUGGAAGGAAGUAAAAUCAUUUUGCAGCUGCAGUUUUGAAAUAGUAUAAGCAGAUCCUGUUGCCAAGUGCACAUUAUGUGAUCAAGCUGGCUGAUCGUGGAAACUUGAUUACUCCUCUGAAGAUCACCGCCUUUGAGUUACAUUUCACUUUCUUAUUUUGUUUGCCAAAACUUGAAGUGAGACUGAUAGUCAUGGUCUGAUAUCACUUUGCUCCCAGUUAGUGGAAUCUAUUGGUAGACGAUAUUUUACAUGAGCUCUGCCAAAUAUUAUAGUGGUUUUCCCACUAUGGUUUCAUUCUGGGAAUAUUAUCUGUGUUCAAGGCUGUCCCUGACUGGAUUGGUAAAAGAAAAUCCCAAUAUUCUCCUUGUUAUUUAUACUUGUCAUUUGCUACAUGCUGUGGUAUUGCAAAGAGCGAUCAAUGCAUUGGAUCUCUCUUCGAGAGAGACCCUUUAUGUCCA